AUGGCGGACUACCUCCCUCGGCGCAUCGCAUGGGCCACUGCUGACAACCGCGCCUGCACCAUCCUCCUCGGCGCACUCCCUGAUACCCUCAUGCGCCGUUUCCAAGCUCGCGAGAUGCGCGCCUCCCUCAUCUGGGCCGAGCUCCAGGCCAUGUUCGAGCGUCGCGACAUCAGCUCUGUCGGCGCCCUGUUCCAGGAGUACUUCUCCAUCACCCUCGCCACUUGUGAUGGCGCAGUUGACUACGUGGGGCGCAUGCAGGAGGUCGCUGAUCGCCUUGCGGCACGCCAAGCUGCCCUCCCCGAGCCCCUGCAAAUCCACCGCCUCCUCUACAACCUCACCCCGGACUACGAGUCCCGCCUCCAUGCCUUCACUGAGGCCAACCCCAUGGCCGGCCUCGACGACGUGGUCCAGUGGAUCAUUGACACGGAGGUCAAGCUCCGCACCCCCGUUGUCAACCUUACCACCCCUCAGUCCUCCUCCUCCACCUCCCUCAACGCUACGCAGCCGCGCAACCAGGGUGGUCGCAGCGGCGGCGGCGGAGGCCGUGGAGCGGGUGGCGGUGGUGGUGGUGGAGGCCGUGGUGGUGGCGGUGGUGGUAGUGGUGGCCGUGGUGGCCGUGGUGGCGGUGGUGGUGGUGCUGGCAGCGCCCCUGCUGGAGGUGCUUGUUCCUGA